AUGGUGGUGGUGCCCAAAGGAAAAGACGACAUAAGAUUGUGCAUCAACAUGAAGUAUCCCAAUGAAGCGAUACAGCGGGAACAUUACCCACUCCCCAUGAUUGAAACUUUCUUGAACAAGCUAAGAGGAUCAACAAUCUUCUCCAAACUAGAUAUUACUUCUGCGUACUACCAUAUUGAGCUCCACCCAGAAUCUCGAGGAAUCACAACCUUCAUGACAAGCAGAGGGCUCAUGAGAUUCAAGCGGCUAAUGUUCGGAAUCAAUUGUGCUCCUGAGAUAUUCCAGCGAGUAAUGUCCGAGAUGUUGGCCGGCAUUGACGGUGUUGUGGUAUACAUCGACGACGUUGUGGUAGCUGGAAGUACUCAAGAAGAGCAUGACACUCGACUGCAGAAAGUGCUGUCCGUCCUAAAAAAGAAUAAUGCCACAUUGAAUAAGUCAAAAUGUCUGAUUGGAGUAACUGAGCUCGAGAUCUUGGGAUUCAAAGUGAGCACUGCAGGUAUAUGCCCAUCAGAUGAAAAGAUCGCUGCUAUUCAGAAUUUCAGAAAACCAGAAUCGAGAGAAGAAACACGAAGCUUUCUUGGACUUAUCAAUUUUGUUGGACAAUUUAUUCCGCAUCUGUCAACGCGAUCAGAAGCACUGCGUAAAUUUAUCAGAGGCGACGUUGAUGUCUUUGGGAAAGCACAACAAGAAGCUUUUGAUGAUCUCCGAAAUGAGUUGUCGAACACUGUUCGGCGGCUAGGAUUCUUCGAUCCAAAGGACAAGACUGAAUUGUACGUAGAUGCUUCUCCAGUGGGACUUGGUGCAGUACUCACGCAGCGAAAUGGUGAACAAACGUCACGAAUUAUAAGCUUCGCCUCUAAAGGUCUGACUAAAACGGAAGGAGUUUACCCGCAAACUCAACGUGAAGCGUUGGCAGUUUUCACAAUAUUUACUGAUCAUAAAACAUUAGAAUACAUCUAUGGAGGAAAACACCAACAAGGAAAGCGUGCUUGUUCGAGAGCUGAAGGAUGGGCGUUAAGGCUCCAGCCGUACGAUUUUUGCGUGAAGCAUAUCCCUGGCACAUCUAAUAUUUCAGAUGUCCUCUCACGAUUGAGCGUAAAAGCGGAAACGACAACUGACAUACCAUUUGACGAAGCGACAGAGCAUUAUUUGUGUGCAAUCGGUGACGGCCCUGCAGCAAUCUCUCUUCAACAAAUCAAGGACGAAACCAUUCGAGACGAAGUUCUUCAAGCGGUGUCGAAAGCGUUACAAAGCCAUGAAUGGUCUCCAGGCCUAAUCAGCUACCAAGCCUUCUCAAAUGAAUUAGGGAUUAUUGACGGAAUCAUAGUGAGAGACGAGAGAAUCAUUCUUCCAUCAAGCCUUAGACGGAGAGCAUUGGUGAUAGCCCAUCGAGGGCAUCCUGGAAUAGUGACAAUGCGACGUAACCUUCGUGAGAAGGUAUGGUGGCCAUACAUGGACCGAGACGUCAGGGAAUACACUCAAGAGUGCGCUGGAUGUGCAGCUGUCAGCUCACAAUGUCCACCGGAACCUAUGCUGCGGAAGGAAAUGCCGGAUCGAGCUUGGCAAGAAAUCGCUAUUGAUUUUUUUUCGGCAAAAGAAUGUGCUACAUUUCUGGUUACUGUCGAUUAUUACAGUCGCUUUAUCAGGGUAACUGAAAUGAAAGGAACUAAUGCAUCAAAGACAAUUGAGGCUCUUGAAGAAAUGUUUCGAGAACACACAUAUCCUGAAACUAUCCGUAGUGAUAAUGGGCCACCAUUUUCCAGUGAAGAAUUCUCCAAUUACUGCAAUUCUAAAAACAUCCGCCUUGUUCGUACUAUUCCUUAUUGGCCACAGAUGAAUGGCUUAGUGGAAAGGCAAAAUCAGGGAAUAUUACGUACCCUACGUAUUGCUAAAGCGAUUAAAGCUGAUUGGAGAAAAGCCGUUCAAGAUUAUGUGUAUGCAUACAACACGACACCUCACUCAGUAACAGGAAAAGCACCGAUGGAAUUAUUGACCGGCGGACCAGUUAAAGAUUUACUUCCGUCUUUAAGGACUGAAACUCAUUGGCGUCAAGAUGAAGAAACUCGAGACAAAGAUGCUAUUAAAAAGAUGCAGGGGAAAGCUUAUGCGGAUCACCGUAGGCAUGCCAAACCAUCGGAUAUCGAAGUUGGCGACGAUGUUCUAUUGAAAAACUACGAGACUGGAAAACUUGAACCAAAGUUCAAACUCGAUAAGUUUAAAGUUAUAAAGAGAACAGGAAAUGACGUGGUCGUCACUAACGAAGAAGGUGUUAUGUACCGCCGCCCGGUGUCUCACCUGAGGAAAUGGCCAUCGACAAAAGCAUCUGAGCAGGACAUCGAACCAGAAACUCCGGUCUUUCGACCUGCUCACUAUCAGGAUGUACCAGAAGCAGAACUUGAUGAGAGGGAUGGUCCAACAACAGCAAAGGAAGGAAACACAAUGAAGAGACUUCAAGCCAAGGAAUACAGUACAUUGAUACGUCCCAAACGUGAUAAGAAAUUACCAGCUAGAUAUAGUAGCCACUAGAUGGUUCAAGCAACCUGUAUCAGAAGCAUUUUUUUUUUCAUUGUUUUAUUUUUAUUAGAGUAGAAAAGAGAUGUAGAGUCCAUAUUAUAACCAUAUUCUUGUUGAGCAUCAAUGUCUUACCCCUCAACGUGGUAAGUAACGUAAGAUCGAUUUGAAGAGAGUGAGAAAGAAUGAAAAGAGGGAGAAGUAAAUAAUAUCCGGUAUUCAGGUUGGUCUAAGACAGAACGAAUCCAAUUACUGUCGCGAGUGGUCGUCAAUAAAAGUAACCGGUGAAUAAAUCAG